CGCGGCCAUGGCGCGGGGACAGGUGCCGGUGGUGGACGUGCAGAGCGACAACUUCACGGAGCUGUGGCCCUCCAUGGUGCUGGCGCUGCGCACCGCCACCUUCAUCGCCGUGGACACGGAGCUGAGCGGCCUGGGGACCAGGAAGGCGCUGCUGAGCCCGUGCAUCGACGAGCGCUACAAAGCCGUCUGCAACGCUGCCCGGACGCGCUCAGUCCUGUCUCUCGGUGUCGCUUGCUUCAAACAACUCCCGGAGAAGUCCGAGAACACGUUCCUCUGCCAGAUCUACAACCUGACGCUGCUCUGCACGGAGGAUUACGUCGUCGAGCCGCAGUCGGUGCAGUUCCUGGUGCAGCACGGCUUUGACUUCAAUAAGCAGUACUCCCAGGGGAUCCCCUACCACAAGGGCAACGACAAGGGCAAUGAGAGCCAGAUCCAGAGCGUUCGGACUUUUUUCCUGGAACUCAUACGAGCAAAGAAGCCUCUCAUCCUCCAUAACGGCCUGAUUGAUCUUGUCUUCUUGUACCAGUGCUUCUAUGCUCAUCUCCCAGACAGUCUUGGCACCUUCACCUCUGAUCUCUCAGAAAUGUUCCCAGCAGGAAUAUAUGACACUAAAUAUGCUUCAGAGUUUGAGACCCGCUUUGUUGCAUCCUAUUUGGAAUAUGCUUACAAGAAAUGCAAGCGAGAGAACAGCAAGCUGAAGGACUCCAGCAGCCAGCACAUCUCUGUGGAGUUCUGCAACUACCCUGCCAACAUGUCACGCUACAUCGACUAUCGCCACUGCUCUCUGGAAGAAGCAAGCCACAGCGAGGGAGAGGCAAAUAAGGUGCCUGUAUGUGAGAAAUUCUCGGCCUAUGGCUGGUGUCCACAUGGAGUGAAGUGUCCACAGUCUCAUAACAUUGACCUCAUAAUUGAUGAGGAUGAUAAGCUUUGUGAGAAAGUGAAGAAACGGAAACACAGGCGGAAGCGUCGGAAAAAUGCAGAAGAACCUGAAAAGACAUUAGAACAGGAAAGCUCAGGGAAAGAAAUGGAGCUAAUUCAGAAUGGGGAAGAGGAACCACCACGAAAACAGAGCUGCUAUGACACUGAUGGCAGGCCACUAGAGGAGGAAAACUCCACUGCUAUGGAACCAGAGGGCAGCUCAGACACCAGUACACAUGGUGGAAGGCAGGAAGAGGAUCUGAAGAGCACUGAAGAAACUGCUGCAGUGAGCCCUUCUGCCAAGGGAAAUACCCAUGGCAGUGACCAAGUGGAAGGGAAGUCAGAGGUCCUCGCUGGAAUGGUCUCCCCCAGUCACCCAGACAUCCCUGAGACUGAAGCAGCAUGUGCUGCCAGAAAGCAAAAUGCAUCCCAGGGGCCAUGUUCACAAGUGGGAACCCACCGAGCUGGCUUUGAUGCCUUCAUGACUGGCUAUAUCAUGGCUUACGUGUGGAUGCUUAAGAAACGAAAAAGCACAGGCACUGAUGCAGAGCCAUGGUGUCCGGACUGUCAUAAUAAGCUGUACCUCAGUGGGAAAUCAGUGCCACUGCAGAUAGUGAAAAGCUCGUUUUCUAAGUCUUCCACAGCUCACAACCAGAAGAUGAAGUUGGUCUGGGCCACUGGAUAGAGCUACGAGACUCCUCACUGAACUGGGUGUUUUUCCCCCACAGUUAUUAAAGGGGAACAAGUUUCUUGUCCUCCAUUUUAACCUCUGACCAAUUAAAUUGCUCUCAGUUGGAGUUCCUUCUGGUGUUUCUUAGCUGGACUGAAAGCAUGGGUAAGGUUGGAGGGGGGAAACAUGCACUUCUCCAACUGCAUGCAGGGCAGCAAGUUCUGUUGAGUGCUCUAACCUGACAGUGUUUUGAAAUAAAAAACAAAAAACAGA